AUGGAUGUGAAUGGACUUCCAGAGCCUCAAGGCUCCCUAAAGGCCACCAGGCCUCUUGACCCUAAGGUCAGCUCCAUCCUGGUGGAUAAGAAUCUCCAGAAAACCUGUGCCAGCAUGGUAGACAACAAGCUCCCACCAAAGACAAGCGCUGUAGUUAUCGACAUGGGCACAGGCCUCUGUAAAGUGGGUUUUGCAGGACAUCCUCAACCCACCCACACUGUGGCCACCAUUGUGGGUUGCCAACACAAGAAACAAGUCACCAAGAAGCAGUUGGAGCUGGAAACAUUUAUCGGGGAAGCAGCCCACUCCCGCCCAGAGCUGAGGCUGGUACAGCCGGUUCACAAUGGCAUUGUUGUGGACUGGGAAGCCGCUGAGCUCAUCUGGCAACACAUACUGGAGCAUGACCUUCGAGUGGCUGCCCAGGACCACCCUUUGUUGUUCUCUGACCCGCCUUUCAGCCCCUCCACCAACCGAGAGAAGCUCAUGGAAGUUGCCUUUGAGUCACUAUGCUCCCCAGCUACCUACGUAGCAUCGCAGUCCGUGCUGUCAGUCUACUCCUACGGAAAUGUGAACGGGCUCGUGGUGGACUCUGGCCAUGGGGUCAGCUACACAGUGCCAGUCUUCCAAGGCUACAACCUGCCUCAUGCUAUCCAGCGCCUAGACUUGGCCGGCAACCACCUGACAGCCUUCCUAGCAGAGACUCUGCUGGGCUCUGGCUUCCAACUCCAACAGGAGGACCUGGACACAGUGCAGAAUAUCAAGCACCAUUGCUGCUAUGUGGCCUCAGAUUUCCACAAGGAGCAGGCACGGCCUGAUAAGGAGUGCCAGCAGUCCAUGAAAUUGCCUGAUGGGAGGACUGUCACACUGGGAAAGGAGCUCUUCCAGUGUCCAGAGCUGCUAUUCCAUCCUCCGGACAUCCCAGCACUGUCACCCAUAGGCCUCCCUGCCAUGGCUGAACAGAGCCUCUGCAAGGUGCCUGAGGAGUUGCGGGCAGGCCUGGCCCAGAACGUGCUGCUCUGUGGAGGCUCAUCGCUCUUCAAAGGGCUGAAGAGUCGGUUUCGUGCUGAGCUGCUGCACUCUCUGUCCUCGGAGACUCAUUUGGUGGUGUCUGCCCAGACCAAGAGGAAUCUCUCUGUGUGGAUAGGGGGCUCCAUUCUGGCCUCACUGCCCACCUUCCAGUCCUGCUGGGUCCUGCGGGAGCAGUAUGAGGAACAUGGUCCCCAUGUAGUGUACCACAAAUGCUACUGA